AUGAAAACACCAACAUUUUGUUUUUCCUACAUGAAAAUUUUUUUCUUUUUAUUCAAUUUUGGUGGAAUCAUAAUAAGAGGACAUCAUUUAACAGAAAAUGAUUUUGAUGAUGAUGAAGACAUGAUGAUGAGUUUAAGUUUGGCUGUGAAAGACAUAAUAAUUGGUUUACCAUCAUCUCAUGUGACAUUACUUUUUGAAAAUAUCACAGAUUCAACGUUUCCAAUGAUUUUAAGUAAAACAUUACAAAAAUCAUUAAUAACAACAAGUAUAUACACAAUUGAAAAAGGAGAAAAUCAAAAAGAGGUUGAACAGGAAGAUUUAAUGCAUCGAAAAAUAUUAUAUAUUUUAUAUAGAGAUCAUAAUUUACGUGAUAAUGAUUUUUUUUCUGGACAAUUUGAAGCAAUGAGAAUUUCAUUGUUGACAAAAACUCAAAAUGGAAUGUUCGUCCAAAAUUUAAUUUAUAAUCGAUCGACAAGGUAUAAAUAUGUUGAUCCGCCUGAAAGACUUCAAGGUACCGGAAUAUUUACAAAUGGUACAUUUUCAGGAGUUUUGGGACAAGUUUGGCAAAGAGAAUUUGAUUUUUUUAUGGGAGAUGUUACGAUAACAUACGACAGAGCAAAAACAGUCGAAUUUACAUUUUUUACAUUGGUCGACAGCGAAGCAUUUGUAACACACAGGCCUAGUAAAUUAAAUGAAGCAUUUGCAUUGAUAAGACCUUUUCAAUGGCAGGUUUGGCCGCCUAUUCUAUGCACAUUUACAAUAUACGGCCCGAUAUUAUUUUUCAUAAUAGAAUCACAAAAUUAUUUAAUGAAAAUAAAAAGGGAUUCGAAAGAAAGGAAAAAAUUAUUUUUUCAUUGCGUUUGGUUUAGCAUUUCGACAUUUUUAAAACAAGGUGGUAUAUAUCCGUCAAAAAGUCACAAAGUGCGAUUAUUAUUAAUAAUAGUUACAUUAGCUGCAACUUAUGUCAUCGGUGAUAUGUAUUCUGCUAAUUUAACAUCUCUUUUGGCGAGGCCAGGUAGGGAAAAACCAAUAACGGUUUUAGAACAACUCGAUACGGCCAUGGAAACAAGAGGGUAUCAAUUAUUGGUGGAAAAACAUAGUUCUUCACUCACAACACUUCAGAACGGUACGGGAAUUUAUGAAAAAAUAUGGGAAAAAAUGAAAAAUCAAAAAAAUUAUUUAAUCGAAUCAGUCGAAUCUGGAAUGAAAAUGGUACGAAAAAAUAAAAAUAUCGUUAUUUUAGGGGGUAGAGAAACUCUUUAUUUCGACAGCAGAAGAUUCGGUUCUUAUAAUUUUCAAAUGAGUGAAAAACUUAAUACGAGAUAUGCAGGAAUCGCCAUGCAACUCGGUUGUCCUUACAUAGAAAAUUUUAAUAAAAUUUUAAUGCAACUUUUCGAAGGUGGAAUAUUAACUAAAAUGACCGUAGAAGAAUAUGAAAGAUUAGGAGAAGAACAAAGAGCCGAAUUUGAAAACGUUAAAAAAAAAAAAAAUGUAUCGCAAAUAAAAAACGAAGACAUUCAAAACGUUGAAGAAGAAGAAGAAGAAAUUUUAGCAUCGCAUGUAAAUUUAGACAAAGAUGAAAAAGAAUCCAAUCAUCAAAAUUUAGGGUGCUUUUUACAUUUUAUUCAUCGGUUAUCUUUUAUCAGGUUUUACGCUUUUCUUAGAAAUUCAAUUUGA